AUGCCUGCCCCUACCGCCACCCUUGUUCCGGUCGUCCGUAUCGAGAUGGGCAUCAACAAAAACACAGGCCAAGCACCGGCGACGUUCAACACCAGCACGUUAUGGAUGCGGGUAGGGGGCCCAGUGGAACUCUUCACUCCGCCGCAGCAACAGGCUGAGGGGCUGUUGAUCAGGAGUUCAUGGAUUGCCUCACAGUGCGUGGAACGGUGUUGCCAUGUAGAUGGUGCCUCUAUCACGGGUUCCGCCGUCACGGCCAACCUCCGUUUGCACCUGAGCACCGGCCAUACGUGGCCUCUCUCCAUGUUUGAGCGCAGGACCUUGAGAGGCUUGACGGACCGUAGACCAAUGUCGCCGGGACAGGGGUUCGGUUUCUGCUGCGCCGAGGACGCUGGGAGAAACCCGGGCCAGUACCUUCCGGACCUUCAGUCUGAAGCGAGGGCACCAAGUGCGGUCAUCACGGACUCCGGCCUGCAGCUCGAGGUUCAGAGCACGGGGUACAUACCCCGCGUCCAUUGAUAUGAGGUUAUGCAUCUUUGGGAAUACAACAAGGUGGACGGUUGCUGUCAGGCGUCAGGAUCUUGCUGUUGUGUUACCGCACGAGGCGCGGGUCAUUUUCGGUUCCCAACGCGCCUGUUUAACAGCAGGGGAUGGACCGUCUCCCUCCGGGUUGGUCUACCCCGGGACAUGGCUUGGGCCUUAAUGCUUUUGUGUAACGGUGGAAUGGCUCGCACACCAUCAGAAGACGGCCGAGACACCAUGUGCGCAGGUGAAAAUGGCGUGACGACGGGCGAGUCUUUCUUUCUCUCGGAUGCCACUGACGGAUAGCUUGGGAGGAGUGUCAUGGGAGCGGAGAGCAGAAG